GGCAGGGCUGCAGAUGAAGAGCCCCGAGAAGAAGCGGCGCAAGUCCAACACGCAGGGCCCCGCCUACUCCCACCUCUCGGAGUUCGCCCCGCCGCCCACCCCCAUGGUGGACCACCUGGUGGCCUCCAACCCCUUCGAGGAUGAUUUUGGGGCCCCCAAGGUGGGCGCAGCCCCUGCCCCUUUCCUGGGCAGCCCCGUGCCUUUCGGCGGCUUCCGCGUCCAGGGGGGGAUGUCACCGCAGGUGCCCCCCGGUUACGGUGGAGGCCCCCAGCCCCUGCGGAGGCAGCCCCCCCCCUUCGCCCCUGGGCAGAUGGGCCCGGCCUUCAGCAUGCCCCCCCAGAACCCUGGCUAUGUCCAGCCCGGGGGCAUGGGCUUCCCGGGGCAGCCCUUCAGCCAGCCCCUCGGACAGAACUUCAGCCCCCCCGCGGGGCAGCUCCUGCAGGGGCCCGUCGGGGGCUUCGGGCCCAUGAUUUCCCCCACCGUGGGGCAGCCCCCCCGGGGAGACAUGGGCCCCGGGCCAGCCCUCAACCCCCCCGGGGGACCGGCAGCCUCCCAGCGCUUCAGCCAACCCGGCAACCUCUUUGGACAGUCGCCCAUGCAGCGCCCAGGGCAGAACGUGCCCCCCCUGCCCCCCACCGCCAGCCCCUUCCCCGGGGCUGACCCCGGCUUCCCUGCCGGCAGCGAGGAGGGGGGCAAGAACCUCAACCCCACCCCCAGCACCUUUGCCCAGGAGCAGCACUCAGGCUCGCCCGCCACUGUCAACGGGGCGCAGCCCGGUUUCGCCCCUGGCAGCACUGGCCGCGGUGCUGGCACCCCGGAGACCAACAGCCUCCCGCCACCCCCACCCGGUAAGGCAGCCGGCAGUUCAGGGCACCAGCCGCCACCAGGGCUGGUGUACCCCUGUGGGGCUUGUCGCAACGAGGUGAACGACGACCAAGACGCCAUCUUGUGCGAGGCCUCCUGCCAGAAGUGGUUCCACCGGGAGUGCACGGGGAUGACGGAGAAUGCCUAUGGGCUGCUCACCACUGAGGCCUCUGCCGUCUGGGCCUGCGACUUCUGCCUGAAGACCAAGGAGAUCCAGUCGGUCUAUGUCCGGGAGGGCCUGGGACAGCUGGUGGCCGCCAACGACGGCUGAGCUGCUUUCCCACCACUGCCAGCAGCUUCCCCUGCCAAUUUAGGACCAAACCCCCUUUUUUUGUAGCCGCUGCCGCUGCCACCGCCCCCCCCACCAGCCAGAGAUGGUGCCAGGCACUGCCUGUGGCUCCACCAGCUGCC